CCCACAUUCAAUUAUUUCCAGUUUCCACAGUAUGAACCUUUUUCUCCCUACACAGUCCCAAAACCAAACCAAAUAAAACCCUCCACAACACACACGUUCCCAACAUAAAACCUAUACUUCUCAAGCACAACAUUUAAACACCAAUAUCCUAUACUUGUCUCCUAUCCUUAAAUUUUGCACCAAUACAACCAACCAUGGUAUUUGUUUUGUUUCUUCUAUCAUUGCUCUUUCUCACUACCUCAACUUCCAUUCCAACCUCAUCACAUUCACAUAACCAUUCAUACCCUCAUUUCCAACGCAUCAACGUGAAACAAACCAUUGCAGAAACAAAGCUAAAUUUGAAGCCUUUUCAUACAACCAAACAACCCCAAGAAAACAAAAAAUCCAACGCUGAGUCCAUGAGUGAAAAAUCAGACGCAGUAUCAGGAAAACACAAACUGAAGCUACUUCACAGAGAUAAAAUUUCUGCCUUUAACAUUUCCGGUGAUCAUCUCAGCCGUUUCAAUGCACGAAUGGAGAGAGAUUCCAAAAGGGUCACCGCCGUUGUGCGGCAAAUCGCCGGUGGCGUCGGGUACGAAACAGAGGAGUUCGGGUCGGGUGUGGUUUCUGGUAUGGAGCAAGGAAGUGGAGAGUAUUUCGUAAGAAUAGGAGUUGGAAGUCCACCAAAAAACCAAUACGUGGUUGUUGAUUCGGGUAGUGACAUUAUUUGGGUCCAGUGUCAACCAUGUACCCAAUGUUAUCACCAAUCCGACCCGGUUUUUAACCCGGAGGAUUCUUCAUCUUAUGCUGGUGUGUCUUGCGGUUCCACCGUAUGUAGCCGUGUGGAGAAUGCUGGGUGUCAUGAAGGGAGGUGCCGUUAUGAGGUUUCUUAUGGGGAUGGGUCUUAUACUAAAGGGACACUUGCCCUUGAGACUAUUACAUUGGGAGGAACUGUGAUCCGAAACGUGGCUAUCGGGUGUGGGCAUAGGAAUCAGGGUAUGUUUGUUGGAGCAGCUGGGUUGUUGGGUCUUGGGAGUGGGCCCAUGUCUUUUGUGGGCCAAUUGGGUGGUCAGACGGGUGGUACAUUUAGUUAUUGUUUAGUGAGUCGGGGCACUGAAUCGUCUGGGUCGCUAGAAUUUGGACGUGAAUCGGUGCCAGUGGGUGCUUCAUGGGUUUCCCUGAUUCAUAAUCCACGGGCUCCGAGUUUUUAUUAUAUCGGGCUUUCGGGUCUUGGAGUUGGGGGGUUGAGGGUACCUAUAUCAGAGGAUAUUUUCCGGUUAAAUGAAUUGGGUGAGGGAGGGGUGGUCAUGGACACCGGCACUGCCGUGACGAGGUUGCCUGCAGCGGCUUACAAUGCAUUUCGAGAUGCAUUUGUUGCUCAGACGACAAACUUACCCAAAACGUCAGGAGUAUCCAUAUUUGACACAUGUUAUGAUUUAAACGGGUUUGUGACGGUUCGGGUUCCAACCAUAUCAUUUUAUUUCUUGGGUGGGCCUAUAUUGACCCUUCCAGCUAGGAACUUCUUAAUUCCAGUGGAUAGUGUGGGAACUUUUUGCUUUGCAUUUGCUCCUUCUUCUUCAGGACUUUCCAUCAUAGGAAACAUCCAGCAAGAAGGGAUUGAAAUUUCAGUGGAUGGAGCUAAUGGAUAUAUAGGAUUUGGACCCAAUAUAUGUUAAGUUAUGUGUGUGAGUUACUGUAAGCGUGUGUAUAUUAUCAACCUUCUAAGUUUUGUCAGUGUUAGUAAUGUAACAUAAUAAUCGUACUAUAUAGGAUAAAUGGAAUAAUAAUCAAGUCACAUAUGUGGUCAUGAAAUAUUAAUAGUAUAAUCCCUCUUUUGAUUAGCUGCUAAAAGAACAUGUAAAGUAAAUCAUGUGAAACUAGUAGUUUUAUUGAGUUUUUGUGCAAAA